AUGAGUGAAUUAUCAGUGGAGCUUCAAAAACUGUUUGAAAAAGAGAGAAACACCAAGAACCAAUGGGUCAGUUGUGCUUUUAGUUUAGUGAUUUUUGUUGCUCAUGGUAUUAUCUUUUUUUGGAUUCCUAGAACUUUGAGACAGAAACGGUUUGUCAAAUCCAACAGGUUCAAGCCAUUCUUUGUUUUACUCAAUAUUUGGAAUACGUUUAACUAUACUUUAACGUUAAAGCUUCGUAGCAAGAGGAUAUACUUCAAACCAAGUGUUUUGAUAUUGUUUUUAUUCUAUAUUUUAUUGAAUGGGAAACUUUGCUACAAUGAUACCCACGACAUUACUUAUAUACCACGAACAUUUGUCAUUGCCAAAAGAUGCGCUAGAGUUGGUAUAGGUCAGAUUCCAGCAAUCUUCCUUCUUGUUACAAAAGGUGAUUUUAUAACUGGUGUAACUGGUCUCACUUUUGAACGUACAACUUUUCUCCACAUUUGGUUCUCAUCCAUGAUGUUUGUUGUUGUUACAUUCCACGUUGCUGUUGUAUCCUAUUACUGGGACAAACCUGAAUGGUCCAACAUGCAUCCCAGGUAUCCCAAAAAUGUGUAUGGGAUCAUUGCUUACGUCACUUUCGUUUUACUUGCAUUGGGAAAUGUUAAAUUCAUCCGUAAAUAUUGGUACGAUCAAUCGAUGGUUAACCAUCGUGUACAAUCAUUUAUUAUGUUGCUUAUGGCCUUCUUUCAUAACAACAGUGCCAAAGCCAUGGUUAUUGUUGGGGUGCAUUUAUUGGUGCUUGAUAAAGUCAUUGGACGUAUUUACGGUAUUGUACAUAGCAAAAAAUCACCUACCAAAGGUUGGUCGCAAUUUGAAAUGUUGGAUGAUGAUGUUAUGAAAGUGUCUAUCCCCAUCAAAAUUAACAAGAAUUUCAACCCCAACUCAUGGUUUGGAUUAAUCAAGUUCAAAUAUGGAAAUUGGAAAGCUGGUCAGCACAUUUACUUCAAUGUUAGAAAGAUUGAUUUCUUUCAACACCACCCAUUCAUGAUUGCUAGUUUGCCUGAGUCUGAAAAGAUGGUUCUCAUUGUGAGGAAAAGGAAUGGCUUCACUAAAAAGAUGUUUGAGAGGUUUAUCGAUCUCAGGAAUAAACAAUUGGCUGGGGAAGAAACAGAAAUGGAUUACACUCUUUGGUACAGACCAAAAUUGGACAGGCUUUUCCAAAAAUUGCAUCCGUUGUUGCACAAAUUGGAACCUGUGUUACAAAAAUUGAAGUUUAGAUCAAAGAAUGACUCCACUACAGACCAAGGAGAAACGAGCACAACGUUACCAGGGUACAGGAAGAUAGUCAACCCGGAAACAGUUAUUUGGAAGGUAGCAUUUAGGGGUCCUCUGGGAGGCAAAUGCCAACCUUUAUUGACGUUCGACUCGGUGGCGUUCCUUGCACAAGACCUUGGUGCUUCAUUUAUAUUACCAGUUUGUUUAGAUUUGCUACAAACAAUUGAUAGAAAAGAAGUUGAAAAAGAUUAUUUGGGAAGACCUGCACAUCCAGCAAUUUCCAUUUAUUGGUCAGUCAAGUCUAUUAAAACAAUUAGCUAUUAUAAUCAUUUGCUUGUUAAGUUAGUAAGUUUUAUCAAGUCAGGGAAGUUAAAGCUCACUGUAUUCGUUGAAGAGGAUUAUGGCACUAAUAAUGGACAAACAAUAGAGCUUAAUCCAUUCACUAGUGUGACAAAGGUGAAGGGAGUUGAAGUGGAAGUCAACACGGAGGUGGAGAAAUGCAGCUCGAGUGAUAGCUCAGACUCCGUAGAUGAUUCUCUCAUCAACAAGAUCUUCCAGCCAAUGGAUAUUGAUGACAUACUAAAAACCCAUAUAACCAGCGUCAAAUACUCUGGUAAUAAUUAUUUCAAGUCGUUGGCUAUUCUAAGUUGCGGAGAGGACCCAAAUUUUGGAAAGAGUGUUGAGUAUCAUGUACAAAGCUUUAGGUGGAUGAAAGAAGCACCAAAUAUCUAUUUUUACAAUGAAUCGUAUUAUACAUAG